AUGGGUACAGAUGCUCUAGCUACCGUGACUUCUAACCCUGUGGAUGACGGUCUUGUCUACGGAGGCUCAUCAACGAUUGCUUUCGUACGCAGCUUCACUCAUGGAGCGAGCGAAUUAAUUCAGCAGCCAGACUCUCGCACCUCCAAGGGCAAUGCCGGUCAUUUAAAAACCGAUCGACCAGUAUCCGCACAGCCUUUGCCAAUUAUGGAAAGAGACCCAGCUUCCUAUCUCCUUCCGCCUCGCCGGUCUGCAAAUGACUAUGUGCAGUGCUUUUGGGAGUAUAUCCAUCCCCUCUUCCCGGUUCUCCACAAAACAUCAUUUAUGGAAAAAUACUCACACCUGUGGUCCGCUGAGGAAGGCAGAGACCGUGAUGGUGAUGUUUCCGAUGUCAACGAAAACAUCUUCGCAUCAACCUUGAAUCUGGUGUUCGCGAUUGGAUGUCAAUUUAGUGCAUCUGUCCCUGCACAGAACAAAGUGGCACUUGCUGAAGAUUUCUACCAAAGAUCACGCAAAAUCUUUGUCUAUGAUAUCUUUGAUUCCACUUCUGUUUCACUUGUGCAGAUGCUUCUAGUCAGUGGAGUCUAUCUCCAAUCCACUCGUUAUGCUAGCCGCUGCUGGAACGUGAUAGGUCUUGCAAUAAGGACGGCCCAAAGCCUGGGCCUACACCUCGAUGUGGCGAAGUAUCGACCAGAAAAUCAACUCAACAAGGAGAUGGCCCGGAGGAUAUGGCACACCUGUCUUGUUUUGGAUAAGUCAGUGGCAUUAAGUCCUAUGUGA